AUGGAUGCUGGAUAUGUUGAAGGGCAGGACUCGGACCUUUCGAAUAAUGGCGAUACUGGACCCAUUCUGAAUGAAGAUGGGGACUUUCCUAACGACGAGUCUACUGGUUAUGCCGAAGAGGAAAAUGAGGGGUUUUCAGGUGAAACUGAUACUGGAUACACCGAAGAUGAAGAUUGUGGCUUCUCGGAUCAGGGGGAUGAUGGAUACUAUAAUGACGAUGAUUAG